GAGAGCGAGCCCCGGCCGGGAAGGGUGGCGGUCGAUGGUUUCCAAGGCUGCCUAGGGCGAAGGGCCCGCAGAACUUUUGGGAAGGGGCGCGGCUGUUUCCCUCCCAGUUUGUAUUGCAGUUGCUAAAUAGGUUGAAAGCGACGGUAACAACUGGAGUUCCACACUAACACGAGCAAUGCUGCUGUAACAGAGCCCCUGCAGGAAUCCAAGCACCAACCGUCAGACCAGCGCUACGGCUGCUAAUGUGGCUGGCAACUGUACUGCAUGACCACAGAGACCCCCUCCUUCUGGACAAGGUGUCUGCCCCAGCCCUGGCUAGAACUGGCCGCUAGACAUUUUAUUUUGGACACAGGCUUUAGAAGCGAGUACCCUUGAGAAGCGGGAAGAUGAUGAGUGACGCAAGUGACAUGCUGGCUGCAGCUUUGGAACAGAUGGAUGGCAUUAUAGCAGGUUCCAAGGCUUUGGAGUAUUCCAAUGGUAUAUUUGAUUGUCAGUCCCCUACCUCUCCAUUCAUGGGGAGCCUGCGAGCACUGCACCUUGUGGAGGAUUUGCGUGGUUUAUUAGAGAUGAUGGAAGCAGAUGAAAAAGAAGGACUGCGAUGUCAGGUUCCAGAUUCCACAGCAGAAGCUUUGAUUGAAUGGCUCCAAAGCCAAAUGACUAAUGGACAUAUAUCUGGUAAUGGAGAUGUAUAUCAAGAAAGGCUAGGGCGUCUGGAAAAUGAUAAGGAAUCUCUUGUUCUGCAAGUAAGUGUCCUUACUGACCAGGUGGAAGCACAAGGAGAAAAGAUUCGAGAUUUAGAAUUCUGUCUAGAGGAGCACAGGGAGAAGCUGAAUGCCACAGAAGAGAUGCUGCAGCAGGAACUUCUGAGUAGAACAUCCCUUGAAACUCAGAAAUUGAACCUUAUGGCAGAAAUUUCCAAUCUGAAACUAAAGCUAACCGCUGUAGAGAAGGACCGAUUAGACUACGAAGACAGAUACGGAGACACAGAGAGUUUGAUGCAGGAAAUCAAUGAAUUACGGUUAAGAGUGGGAGAGAUGGAUAAUGAGAGACUUCAGUACGAGAAGAAGCUUAAAUCCACCAAAUCUUUAAUGGCCAAACUUUCUAGCAUGAAAAUCAAAGUGGGUCAGAUGCAGUAUGAAAAGCAGCGGAUGGAGCAAAAAUGCCAGAUAUUAAAGGAUGAACUGGCAUCUUUGAAAGAGAAAUUGGAACAGAAGGAAACAGAAGUAAGAAAGUUACAAGAAAAAUUGGUUUGCAAGAUGAAAGGAGAAGGAGUUGAAAUAACUGACAGAGAUGAAAAUUGUAAAAAGAAGCUCAAAGACAAAAAUAUAGAGGUACAGAAAAUGAAGAAGGCUGUGGAGUCUCUAAUGGCAGCGAAUGAAGAAAAGGAUCGAAAGAUAGAAGAGCUGCGACAAUCCCUGAAUCGGUAUAAGAAAGUGCAAGACAUGGUGGUAAUGGCUCAGGGAAAAAAAGGCAAAGAAGGCGAAUGUGAAGAAUUUUUAAAUUCAGGAUCUGUUUCAGCGGUUUUAUUGGACAUGCAGAGUUUAACUGAGCAAGAGAAAAGCCCAUCUCCUGUCCCAAUAAUCAGCUCUCCGAGCCAUGAAGAGUUUAACACCACUGUUCCCGAAGAGAAUUCAUUACAAAUUCACACCAGCAUCUUGCAAGUUUCAAUCCCUGCUUUUCCACCAGCACCCAAAAGCUCAGAAGCAGCUACAGAAAAAGUGAAAGCACAGCCUAAACCAGAAGUUGUGAGUGAAGUGAGUGAAGGGACAACACCAUGUUCCUCCGUAGAAACACAGCCAUGUGACAGUCCAUUAGUGUCACCCCUGCAAAAAUCCAGCAGUCUGGGCAAUUUGAAGAAAGAAGCAUCAGAAGUGGACAAAGAACCUGUACAGAAACCAGCAGAGACUAAAGCUCCCAUGGAAGCUAACAAGUGUGGAACCCUCCCUCCAAAAUCCCCAAGCCAUAGUGGUACCGGAGAUGAGGACAGUUUUGGUACCCGGAAAGCCAGAUCUUCAUUUGGACGAGGCUUUUUCAAGAUAAAAAAUAACAAGAGGACAGCAAGUGCACCUAAUUUGGAUCGCAGUCGAAGUGCAAGUGCACCUACUUUAGCUGAAACAGAAAAGGGAUCUGCAGAUCACUUGGACCUAGCUGGUUUGCCCCCUCGACCGAAAGAAACUGAUAGUGGGCAGAUGUCUCCCUCUUCUCCAGACUCCAAGAAGAAAGCCAGAGGAAUCAAGAAAUUAUUUGGAAGGCUUAAAAGGAGCCAGUCUACCACAUUUAACCCGGAUGAUAUGUCUGAGGCAGAAUUCAAAAGAGGAGGGACAAGAGCGACUGCAGGACCAAGACUGGGCUGGUCUCGAGAUCUUGGGCAGUCUAACAGUGACCUGGAUAUGCCAUUUGCUAAAUGGACAAAGGAGCAAGUUUGCAACUGGCUCCAGGGCCAGGGUUUAGGUUCAUACUUGAAUCAUGGCAAACACUGGAUACUGUCUGGGCAGACUCUCUUGCAAGCUUCUCAGCAGGAUCUGGAAAAGGAACUUGGAAUAAAGCAUCCACUGCAUCGGAAGAAACUUCAGCUCGCUCUUCAGGCGCUGGGGUCGGAAGAAGAAAACAAUCAUGGAAAACUGGAUUACAACUGGGUUACCAGGUGGUUGGAUGAUAUUGGACUUCCCCAGUAUAAGACUCAAUUUGAUGAAGGAAGGGUGGAUGGUCGAAUGCUCCAUUACAUGAGUGUUGAUGACUUGCUGUCCUUGAAAGUUGUUAGUGUCCUUCACCAUCUUAGCAUUAAAAGAGCCAUUCAGGUCCUGAGAAUAAAUAACUUUGAACCCAACUGUCUGCGCAGGAGGCCAUCUGAUGAGAACAAUAUCACCCCAUCAGAGGUUACUCAGUGGACCAAUCACCGUGUAAUGGAGUGGUUACGCUCAGUUGACCUAGCAGAAUAUGCACCUAAUUUGAGAGGGAGUGGUGUGCAUGGUGGACUUAUGGUCUUGGAACCUCGUUUUAAUGUGGAAACCAUGGCACAGUUGCUGAACAUCCCACCAAACAAGACGCUGCUGAGACGCCAUUUGGCAACCCAUUUCAAUUUACUGGUUGGUCAGGAUGCCCAACAUCAAAAGCGUGAAGCCAUGGAAUCUCCAGACUAUGUCCUUUUAACUGCUACUGCCAAAGUGAAGCCAAAGAAGCUUGCCUUCAGCAAUUUUGGAAGUCUGAGGAAGAAGAAGCAGGAUGAUGUGGAAGAGUAUGUGUGCCCGAUGGAACUGGGACAGGCAUCUGGAAGUGGGUCUAAGAAAGGAUUUAAGGCUGGCUUGGAUAUCCGAGUGUAUGACGAUGACGAUUUGGAUAGACUGGAGCAGAUGGAAGAUUCAGAAGGGACAGUGAGGCAAAUAGGAGCAUUCUCUGAAGGCAUCAACAACUUGACACACAUGUUAAAAGAAGACGAAAUGUUUAAAGACUUUGCUAUUUGCUCUCCUAGCGCCAGUAUAACAGAUGAAGAUUCAAAUGUGUGACAGUAACUGACGAAUACCAGUAAAGAAUUCAAUUCCUUGUAUGCUAGGAACAUCAUCGUUAUAUGUGGUGGGCAGCAGAUCAUGUACAUUACAUUGUUCUUGCUUCUGUUUGUUAGAAGUGAUAUUUUUGAGUUGAUGAGGAGAAAAGGUGCCUAUUCUAAAGUUGCCAUAAAAAAUAAACCAACCAGACACUGGUGAGUGGUAGUAUAAUUGGUUUUACUAUAUUUAAUGUACAAACCUGUGACACAUAUUCCAAAGUAUUGCAUUUACAAUUUGCUGCCAUAAUGCUCUUUAUGUUUAUUCAUGUAGUGAAAUGUACUGUUUCAAAAUAAUAUGAAACAUUCAGCUUGUAAAUAACCUGCAUCAGCAUUCAGUGUGGCUUUCAGCUGAGAAAAAGAUAUCAUUGGUGUCCUAUUUUAAUGGAUUUGUCCAAAGUAAAUACCAGUUCUUUCCUUUAGUAUCCAGUGUAGGCCUCUGGGUCCCACUGCCCUACACAAAACUCAAGGUAACACUUGACUGUUGCUGUCUUAUUUUUAUACUGUUUUCUAUAUAAAAAAAAUUAUAUGAAGUGCAUGUAAAGCAGAAGUUUUAUUUUGUGACAUAAAGUGGUGAAAGGUUCAAUUGUUUUUUAAAGGGAUGAUCCCAGUUUGCAAACCAGCUGGUUACUGGAAAAGUCGUACUGACCUUUGAACUGUUUACUUCCUUUUGUUUUUAAUUUUUGCUAAGUGUUGUCAACAUUCUUAUGUUUUGGAUGAAGCUAUUGUGAAAUGUAGAUCUGCUUGCAUCACAUUUCUAAAUCUGUAAUAUCUGAAAUUUCUCUUUUCUUUUUUCCUCCAGCAGAAGCUAUUAACAUUAAAGUAAGGUUUUAAAAAUAUUCUGGAAAGUUCACAGCUUGAAAUUGAGGAAUGCUCAGUGUGGGGAAGGAUAUUUCUGUAUUGUGUUUCCAAUAGGAUGGCUUGUAUAGUUGCAAAAGUUAUGUAGAGAAACAUAUAGGAAAUGUAUAAUUUCCCAGCAUUAAACCUAAGGUAGGGUUUUGCCCCAAGAAUAAGUCCAAUACCAAAACAAACAUUGCCCAAUACUUAUGCCUCUGUAAAGCACAGCUCAUUUCAUUAUUAUUUGAAAUCAGGUUUCUAAAAUUCUAACUAGCCAGUGAAAAUCUUGUCAGACAUUCUAUAGUUCUUAUCAAAAAAUGCUAGCUCUUUGUCUGUUAAAAUGAUGAUUGUUAAGGUGGUGAAUGUUGCAUGUGUUGUAACACAAUGGCAUGAUGCUUCAUUACUUGUGGGG